UUCCAAGGUGCACAACAACUUAUUUGUUAUUUUGACCAAAUCACUGAUAGAUAAAUAGGCCAAGUUUCAAAAUUUGUAAAGUAACUUUGUGCUGAGUGGUGUUAUCUGAAACAUUUUAUAGUUUUCCUUCGUGAAUAAUUUUUCAGAAAAUUAUUGGCAUGGAUAAUUAAUUGAGAGAUAUUCGAUAUUUCCAAUAUGCCCAUUGCACUUCAUUUUAUCUUAUCAAUUCUUAUCCGAUUUUUGUCAUAAUGCAAUUAUCUGAAGUAGACAUACAAUAAAAUAAGCAUUUGCUUCAAAAGAAAAUGAUUCGUUCUGCAUUUAAUAAAUUGUCUUCAAAAAUUUCUGCUAAAAGUUACCUGUUUAAAAAUAUGUCUACUUCCAAUCAAAAGCUAUUGGGAAAAGUAGCCAUUAUUACGGCUUCCACUGAAGGUAUUGGAUUUGCUAUUGCUAAACGUUUAGCUACUGAUGGUGCUUCUGUUGUCAUUAGUAGCAGAAAAAAAGAAAAUGUUGAUAAAGCUGUAAGCGAUAUAAAAACAGUUAGUGAUAAUGUGAGUGGUAUAACAUGUCAUGUUGGUAAGUCAGAAGACAGAAAACUUUUACUUGAUUUUGCAGUUGCCAAGUAUGGUGGUAUAGAUAUCUUAGUAAGUAAUGCAGCUGUGAAUCCUGUUAUGUGUCAAGUUCUUGAUACUCCUGAAGAGGCUUGGGACAAAAUUUUUGAUAUAAAUGUCAAAGCUGCUUUUUUGUUGACACAAGCUGUGGUACCAUUGAUGGAACAGCGUGGAGGUGGUUCCAUUGUGUAUGUUUCAUCUAUUGCCGCCUAUAAGCCAAUGGAAGUAAUUGGUGCAUAUUCUGUAAGUAAGACUACACUGCUUGGUUUGACCAAAGCUGCAGCAGCUCAGUGUGUAUCACAGAAUAUUAGAGUUAAUUGUGUAUGUCCUGGAAUAAUUGAAACAAAAUUUAGUAAAGGUCUGUGGUCAAAUCCAUCAUCUAAAGAACUUCUACAUCAAUUUAUUCCAAUGAGGAGAAUAGGAAAACCUGAUGAAUGUGCUGGAAUUGUAUCGUUUCUGUGUUCUGAUGAUGCAUCUUAUAUUACUGGAGAAAGUAUCGCUGUUGCUGGUGGAUAUUUUUCACGGCUUUAAAUUCUUUUAUUGAAUUAUAAAAUUAAAAUACAGUAACAGAUCAUGAUAAAUAGUUUAUACAAAUAUUUUGCUAUCUAAAUAUAUAAAUCAUUUACUUUGUAAUGGAAAACUGUAUUUGAUUGGUGUUUGUAUCUGUUUGAUAUUUUUAAUACUAUGUUAUCUUUUUUUAAAGUUAUGCUAUUAAACAUUAUUAGAUAUAACA